AUCUCAUUCUAACUCACGUUAUUGAGACAAAUACACUGUUGUUUUUUGUAUGUAUUAUAUAUAUUUAUCUCUAUUUUAUUUAACUUUAUCUUGCUCUAACUUUUAGACUCUUUUACGCGGUGUUAUGUCUCUUUGCAUGUGUAUCACGAAAGAACGACGCGCGAGUGAACAACAUUACGGCGAGGUGGAUAGAUGAAGCCACAAUAUUUAAAAAAAAAAAAUUAUUUGUCUUUUCUUUAAUUAUUAAUCAAAUAUUAUUAAUUAUUAACUAAUUUAUAAUACUCAUCAAUAAAAUUUAUCAUUUAAAUUUUUGCAUAUAUUAUUUGUUUAUGUUUAUUUUUAUUUGACACAUUGUUGUUGUUGUUAUUUUAUAUUUAUAAUUUUAAAAAAAAAAAAACGGUGUCGGUGGUGCGUUUAAUCAACGUUGACGACAACGAAUGACGAGGUGGACGAUCAAUACGCCAUUCCGGCACACACCAACAGUGUGCCAGUGUUAAAAUCAGGCGAGCUUUAAUAAAAUGAAAAAAUUAAAUUAAAAAUAACAACAAACAUAUAGACACAAAGUGGGUGUGGAUGUGUAUUGUGAUUAAAUAUAUAUACAUACAACUGUCAAGCAAAAUAUUAAAAAGAAAUGUCAAAAAAUUUACUCCAAAAUUUCAAAAUAAAUUAUUAGUUUAUAUUUAUACAUCUAUAAUUUUUUUUUGUUUUGUUAAAAUAUAUAAAAACAAAACUGUAUUGAUGAUAUUUUGUAUUUUUUUUUUUUUUAUUUAUUUUUUUUUAGCACAAAAUACACAUGUGCUGGAUUUUGCACGACGUGUCUUGGCUAUAUAAAAACGACGCGACAGUGUUUUUAAGUAGAGUGGGGAUUUGACGUGAAGAGGGGUAAAAUGAGGAGGAUAUAUAAAACAAGAGGUGGAUAAUAAAAAAGAGGAGUAAAAAUUUUAAAAUAAGGAGAAGUAAAAAAAGGUAGACGGAUGAACAACGUUUGCGGAAAACGAAGAACAACGUUGUUAGUUUUUUGCGGUUUCUAUCACUUCAGCUAAGUUUCUAGAGGCAUAUUUUUUUUAUUUUUUGUUUUUCAUAUAAUUUUAUCUUUCUUUCUCUGUCUCUCUCUUUCUCGUUGUCUAUUUCAUUGCCAAGUAAAGGUAUUCUCCCACUACCAAUUUAAGCCAUCAUCAUUUUCUUAGCUACAAAAAAGUUACAAAGUGUAUGAAGGUAGCAAGAGAUAAUAAAAAAAAAAUAAAUAAAAAGAAGACACUUCAGGCCACCGACCCAUACCCGUGACCGAGAAGAGAGAGAAAUAGAAAAAGAGAAAAAGAUAAUAACAGUUUCAGUGUCUUUGUUUAACAAAAAAAAAAUAUAUAUAUUUUUUUUACCUUCAACACAGACACAAGUAUAUACUGUGUACAUAUAUGGAUUAUACAUAACGUGGGGGUAUUAUCAACCAGUCUGUCUACCAGUUUUGUGUGUUUCCUUCAACAAAUCUCUUCGCUACGGAAACUAAAGUGAACUUAUGAACAUAAUCGUGCACGCCUUUGCCCAGGCUAGAUACUUGGAAUUUCAUCAUUAAUAUACACGUGUAUUUAUUAUAAAAUAACAUGCUUGAAAUAUUUAAAAAAAUAUAUUAUUUCUAUCAGUGCAUAUAGUGAAUAGCUAAGAGAAAAAUAAAAUCAUAGGUUGUAAUUAUUAUCAGUGAGUGAUUAAUUAUAUUCAAAUUAUGGAUUUAGGAUGGUUUGUGAUUUAGUAUCAAUGUGAUAAAUAUAUAUUAACUCAUUAUGUAUUUUUUUUAUCUUAUAUUUUUAUUUAAAAUACAAUAAAAUGAACUCAAAUUCGUCAAAAAUUAAAACACUAUUUUGUGUUUAACAGUGAGAAGCUAAUGUUUUUGUUAAUAACAACAACAAUAUUUUAUUUGUGAUAAAAAAUAUAAAAUUUUAAUAAUAUAUCAGUGUUUUUAUUUAUAUUUAAUUAUAUUAUUGUUAUCAACAUGUGACAGUGCAAUACAAUGAUUUUUUUUGAAUUUUAAAAAUCGAAAAAAAAAAGAAGAAAAAAAAACCAUUGAUAAAUUAUUAUUAUUAUGACUGACAAGUGAAAUUAUUGAAAUUUUUUUUUUUUUUUUUUUUUUUUUUUACGUUUAAUUUCAUUAAUUUAAUUUAAUUUUUUUUUUCAUAUUGAGUAAUAUUAUGCUCCAAUUAUAUGUGUUUUAUUGAAAAAUAAAAAAAAAAAAAAAUAAUUAAAAAUGGAGACACUUAUGCCAAGUAAUGUAUCAAGUCAAACUUAUACACCACAAUUAAAAACAGUGUUAAAAACAUAUCAAUUAACAGCAGUUAAAAGUUUACAAGGGCCCAGUUCAGCAUUAUUGGGUAUGGACUGUAAAAAUAAUAUAAAUGAACAAACAAAUUAUAAUUUUUCACAUAUAACACGUAAUCCACAUGUAUAUCAUGAUAAGUAUCAUGAUUUAAAUAUAAAUAAUAAAGAAUGUAAAAAAUUAGAUGAUAUUAAUAAAAAAAAUAUAUUAAUAAAAAAAUUAGAUGAUUCAGAUGAUGAUAAUGAUUUAUUAUUAAAUUCAAAAACAAUAAUAAAUAAUGAUAAUAAAAAAAUAUUAGAAUUUACAAUUCCAAUAUUAACAACAUCUGAUCAAAAUUGUUCUGAAAGAUGUGAAACAAUAUUAGAAAAUGAAAGAAUAUCAUGUUUUAUUGUUGGUGGUGAAAGACGUCUUUGUUUACCACAAAUAUUAAAUACUGUAUUACAAGAUUUUUCAUUACAACAAAUUAAUCAAGUUUGUGAUGAAUUACAAAUAUAUUGUUCACGUUGUACGCAUGAUCAACUUGAAGAAUUAAAAUUAUCUGGUAUAUUACCAAGAAAUGCACCAUCUUGUGGACUCAUAACACAAACUGAUGCUGAAAGACUUGUAUCAUCAUUAUUAUUACGUGCUGAAGUUUGUGAAUUAUUAAUGAAAAAUAAUGAUUUAUGUAAAUUAAAUAAUAAUAAUAUUAUUAAUUGUAAAAAAUUAAUAAUUGAUGAUAAUGAUGAUAAUAAUAUUUGUAAAUUUAAAGUAUAUCAUGAAUGUUUUGGUAAAUGUAAAGGUAUAUUUUAUUCUGAAUUAUUUGAUUAUGAAGAUGCAUCAUGUAUUGAAUGUCUUGAAUGUGGUUGUAAAUUUUCACCACAAAAAUUUGUACGUCAUGCACAUAGUCAAUUGGAAAAUCGUACAUGUCAUUGGGGUUUUGACUCAAAAAAUUGGCGUUCAUAUUUAUUACUCUCAAGGGAUCAACCACAUUAUACCAAGGUCGUUAGCCUGUUUACAAAUAUUAAGCAAAGAUAUCCUGUGGCCCGUUACAAAAGAAAGUCUGAGUUUAAACAAGAAGAAAAAAUUAUUAAAAAAAUUAAAAAAGAUGAUUGUUCUGGAGUUUAUCCAGUAAAUGGUAUUGGAUUAUAUCCAGCAUCGCCUGCAGCUGGAUCUGAUCAUUACCUACAAAUGCAAUGGGCCGUUCUUGAACUUGCAUCCAGAACAUCAUCAGCAUUUAGACCCUGGAGUGCUGCUGUUGGAUCUUGUAAACCAAGAGAAAGUACACCAAUGGUGCCAGCUUAUCUUAGUCGUGGUCCACCAGUACUUCAACAUCCUGAAAGAGUUGUACCAAUGUCAGAAUGUGAACGUUUUGAGCCACAUUAUCAGCCAAAUGUUGCAUUAGCACCAAUUAUAACUCCACAAAUAAAUUCAUCAGCAAUACAAGCAGUAUCAUUACAACGUCGUCAACAACAUGAACGUCAUCGUGUAAAUAAUAAUCGUCCAACAAUAACACCACCACCACCACUAUCAUCAUCAUUAUUACCAUCACAAUUAGUAAAACCACCACAACUGACUCCACCAUCACCACCACCACCAUCGUCAUCAUCAUCAUUAUCAUCAUUAAACAUAGCAAAAUUAGACAGCCAUCAAGUCACUAUUAAAAUUGAACGACCAUCAUCACCUAGUCCUGAUUUAACUAAUGACUAUGGUUCUUGUAGUCCAAAUGAUAAUCAAGAUGAAAUUAUAAAUCGACCAAAAGUCAUAAAAAUGACACCAAUUAUUAAUAAUGAUAGUAAUAAUAGUAAUAGUAAUAAUAAAAAUAAUGACAAUGAUGAUGAAGAUAAUGAUAAUGACGACGAGGAUGAUGAUGAUGAUGACGAUGAUGAAGAAGAAAGUUCAGCAGCAGUAACAUCAUCAACAGUUACAAUGGAACCAUUGACAUUACAACAAAAUACAACAUUAUCAUCACAAGAAUUAUUAAUAAAUAAUAAUUGUGAAAAUACAAUUAUUGAAUUAGAAAAAAAAUUAAUAGCUCUUAAUGUACCACAUGAUGUUAUAUUAUUAACAAGAAAAAUUGCAAAUGAAUUAAGUGAUCUUAAAAUACGUAAACAUAAUGAUGAAAUUGAAAUAACAAGAUUACGUUGUGAAAUUGAAAAACAAAAAAAUAUAAUAAAACAUGAUGCUAUUAUUGAUAAUAAUGAAAAUAAUAAUAUUGAAAAUUCUAGUAAUGUUGAUAGUACUGAUUCUAAUAAUAUAAUUAAUAAAAAAAUAAUAACACCAUUAAAUAAUAAAAAUAAUGAGUCGGAAAAUUCAAUAAUUAUUUGUAAAAAAAACUAGAAUUUUUAUGAAAAAAAAAAAAAACAUUAAAUUCUAAUCUUCCUAUUAUGAUAAAUGAUAUAUUUAUCAAAACAUAAAAAUGCUCACAAAUUAAGUGUACAGUGAAUUCGAUAAAUAACUAAAUUAUAGUUUAUUAUUUAUUUGUUUAAAUUUUUAUUUUUUAUUUUUCAUCAAUAAAACUGUCUUGAUUAUGUGAUAUAUACGAUGAAGCCUUUAACACUAUUAAUAUUUAAUUUUCAUUAAUUCUCAGUAAUUUUUAUUUUUUUAAAUUAACGUAAACUUUUUAUCGACAGUUUUUGUUUACAUACUGAUAAUCGGUUAAUAUUAUUGGGAAUGAUAAAAAUUAUAUAAAAAUUAAAAACAUAAAAUUGCCCAAUGAAUAUUUAUCGAUAAUUAAUUUGGGCAUAGAUAAAAAAAUUAUUUCAUUAUAUCGUUAAUAUAAUUUGACGCAUUGAUAAAUAAUUUAUAGUAAAAUAUAUAUAAUUACUACAAUAACAAUAGUAAUAAUUAAAAAAAGAAAAAAUAACAAAAAAAAAAAAAAAAAACAGUUAGAUUGCUUUCCAUUAACCUUCUUUAAGUAAUUACAUUAUAAUCGUGUAAAUAGAUUCUCUUGUCAUAUAGAGUUAUGUUAAUUAUUAUUAAAAUAAUAUGCGAAUUAUUGCAAAAAGUACAAAAACCCUAGGUGCUACGUUGUUAAUCUAGGUAAAUGAUUAAUAAUUUUUAAUGAUUUUAAAUCAAUAUAUAUAUAAUUACUAUAUUAAAUUGUAAAAAAAAAAACAAAUUGGGAUGCAUUGAUAACGCUUUUUAACGGUUUUAUUAAUAUUAUUAUUGUUUUCUUGUUAUUUUAUUAUUAUUAUUCGUUCUUAUUGUAUAAUUUGUUUUUUCUUCAAAAUAAGUCAACAGUUAUAUAUACAGCUUAACUGUAUGUAAAAUAAAAAUCUCAAAAUAAUAAAAGUGAUACUGCCAAAUGAUGAAACAAGUCAUAAUAAAUUUGCAUGUAUAAAAAGAAAAUAAUGAAAAAAAAAAAAUUAUUAUAUAUAUAUUAACAAAAAAAAGCAUAAAUCGAUAAAAAUAAGUCGUGAAAUUUUUCAGUAUUUGAUUUGUAAGGUGAUAAGUGUUAUCGUAUAAUUUUUAUUAUUAUUUUAUAUAACAAAAAAAAAAAAAAAGCGCUCGAUGAAUAUUUAUUGCAUAAGAAAGCGUAGUCAAUGCUCCUGUUUUUACUAACACGACGCAAUUGACCUUGACAAAUGUCCAUGAAAUAAAUUUCAUUUAUAGUUGCAAAAUGAAAAAAGAAGAUGGAAAAAAAAAACACUAUGUGGAUACUAACUUUCUCUUUAUCAAGUCAAAAAAAAAAUAAAUAACGUACUAUUCUUGUUUUAUACAAAAUAAAUUAUGAUAAAUAUUUAGUCAUUAGAAAAAGAAAAAAAAAAUAAAUUAAAAUAAUAAUAAUAAUACGAAAAUAACAAAUGGAAAAAAAAAAAUUAUUCACUGCGAUAUUUCGUAAAUUAUGGUAAAUUAAAAAUUGUCAACGAGAUUGAAGGACAAAAAAAAAAAAAAAAAUAUUAAAAAUUAUUUGAUUAUAUAUAGAAAUAUUUCACUGCUGGGUUGUGGAUUUUUUAGUCUACGUAAAUAAAUUUACUUGAAUAAGAAUUUAAAUAAAAAAAAAAAAAACGUUAUAUUAUAAUAUCUAUGCUCAUUUAGUAAGUUUUUCGAAAAAAAAAAAAAAAAAUUAAAUAUUAAAAUUAAGUUUUAGAAUAACGGUUUGGGUGUAAAUUUAGAAAAUUCAAAUUGUUUUUGUUUAUUCGAGUUUAAAAAAAAAAAAAAAGACAAAAUUAUUAAGUUAAAUUUUUUGUGAGAUUUUUUAAAUGUGUACUUUACAAUCCAGCAGUCUUUUUAAUUUUUCUUCUUUUUGUUAUAACUUUUAUUUAUUCAAUAUAGUAAAGAAAAAAAAAAAAAAUUAAUAUGCCAUAUUAACAAGCUAAUUAUGUAACGUUAAUCUGUGUAAUCAAUCCCGUGAACAAUAACAUGAAAGAACCAUAAUUAAACUAAGAAUCCCACCUAAGAUAAAGAAAAAAAAAUAGUCUACAUAUUUCUUACACACUCUGAGUUAUAUAUUAAAAAAAAACGAUAAAUAUUAAAAUUAAAAACGAAAAAUAACCAAUAAAAAGAAGCAAAUUUAAAAAAUAAUAUAUAACAUUUAUAUCACGUACUGCUCGGUUUUUAAUAAAUACAAAAAAAACAAAUAUUUAAAAAAACCAGUUAAAUUGUGUCUCUUUAAAAAAUUUUUAUUCUAAUUUAUAUACAUUUAAUUAUUAUUAUUAUUUAUAUUUUUAUCUCAAUAAUAAUGCAAAUAAAAACGUCAUAAUAAUUAAAAAUUAAUAAUAAUAAUAAAAAAAACAUAAUGUGUAUUUUAAAAUUUAAAAAAAAAAAAACAAACAAAAUAGGAUAAAAAUGUAUCUUGGAAAUUUUUGUUAUACAUAUAUUUACGCAAAUUUAUGACAUACCCGAAUUUAAAAAAAAAAAAAAACGCGUGUAAUUGUUAUCUAUUUUUAAUUUUAUUUAUUUUUUAUUUUGAUAUUAUAAUUGCGUUCUUGAUGACUGAUUAUAUCGUCGAUGGAGCUCUUGAUCAAUUUUUAAAAUUAAAAUUUUUUUUUUAUUUUUAUUAUUUGUAUGAUUUUUGACGAAAAAAAAAAAAACAUUAAUUAUUAGACGUUUAUCUAUUGUGACCUAAAUUUAUAGAUAUAAAUAUUGUUGAUUAAAAUUGGAUAUAAUUAUUUAAAAAAAAAAUUGAUGAUAGGAAAAAUAUGAUUUAUGCAAUAAUGAGAUUUUUACAUCUCUAAGACUUUUUUUUUUUUUUGAUGAAUCCAAAUGAUUCUUUAGCUCAAUGUAAUCUAUAGUUAAAAAAUUAAUUUUUUUUUUGUUUUGUUAAUCAUGUUUUUCUUGGUAAAAUAAUAAAGAAAAAUAAUAAUAAUACUCCAAUGAAAAAAAGUAAAAAAAAAAUAUAAUAAAAAAAUUAAAUAAUUGUCGACAAUUCUUUACUACUUAAAAUAUAGUACCUGCAAUUGGCUGAAGCCUAAAAUUUUUGUGAUCAGAGUUUCACGAUACAUAAUAUGACGAU